GGGAGAAGAAGAGAAAAUGGGAGAAGAGAAAGAAGAAGACAGAAGGGAGUCUGGAUCUCUGAGGCUGAGUAUUCCAUUAGAUGGCGGUAUAAGUAUCUGUAGUAUGUUAUGGUCGAACUGCUGCAAGCAUAAAAUCUUCAUAAUUGGAGCUGGCGUUGGCACCAUUGCUGUUCUGUGUUGUUGGAAAGUUGUGAAGCUUAUGAAAGAGAAUGAGGAACUUCAGAAAGAGAAAUUGAUACUUAAGGAACAAAUUGAGGAACUUCAGAAAGAGAAAUUGACACUUAAGGAACGGAAUGACCAGCUCCAGAAGGAAAAUGAAUGGAGAAAGGCUCGCAAUGAAACAGAUGACAUCAUUCUUGAUGCAGUCACAGCCCAUCCUAACCUCUCCAUUUCUAGUAAUAAAAAGAGUUUUACACAUGAAGCCCAACCUCAAAAUGUUCCACCAAACCCAGAGAGGUUCGAUGCAUCUGUCUGUGUGCUGGGCUCUGAAAGAUUCUCCAAUGGAAAGCACUACUGGGAGCUGGACCAGCCAUCGCUGAGGGGUGAGCCACACAAGCCCAGGCAGCCGACUGAAACCAGGGAAGCCACAAGCCGUGGCACCAACACUGGUAACCUGACCCCCUAUAACAUUGCUAUAACUGAAGAUUCAGAGGGAUACUUUUCAAUCAGACAAGGGACAUCUCUUUCCACAGCUUUUGGGAAAAACAAGCAGAUCAGAGAACAAAAGAACAUUCUGAUACCCACAAAAUCUGUUUGACAACUUGUGUUUCCAUAUGUGCCUCAUACAAAGCCUCUUGAGGUCAGUGACAGUAUCUCUAUUCAUUAGGAUGGAUUCAGCCAUGGAUGAGGAAAUUGUAUAGAAUAAUUCCUUUGUUAUUGUUUAUAUUAAUAUGAAAGAACGUGGAAGAAAUUUAUCGGGCUACUAAGAAUUCAUAAAUAAAUCCUCUGUGACAGCCCAUGACUAUUAGUGAAAAUGAAAGGAAAAUAUCAGAAAGGUACUUUUCAAAACUGUUUGCAUGAACUAUUAUGUAGUAGGUAAACAUGGGUGGAGAGGUUAAGUCAUGCAUUAAUGGAGAGUUUGUCACUUUAGAAUUUCUUUCCGUAUAUACUAGUUUAAAGUUUGCUCAUUCAUGCAAUAAUAACCAAAUAGUUAAUAAUACAAUUAGUAUGAUUUAAGUCUGGGUGAACACUUUCAUAUUUUGUAUUUUGAAUUAUUUAAAGAUUGAAGUGAAGAGUCACAAAAUUGUUCCAAAGCAGGAGUGGGAAAUCAUUUUUGCGAUGGGGGCCACUAAUCAGUCAGGGGUUGCACUCAAGUGAGAACCAACCAAAUAAACAAAAACAAAGACACAUUUUACAAGUUCAAUUCAAGCUUUUUGUCCCCCACUCUCCUUGAAAAUAGUUUUAAGAAUUUCACUCAUCACUCUAGUCAGUUUAUAUCUAUGUAUGUCUACACUACAGGGUUUUUGCACAAAAACCCUUGGAGCAUC